GCGCGUGCGCAGUGUGUCCAACUCUUAUGAAACCAAGCGGUCGGCAGGUAGAGUAACAACAGGGACGUUUUAGAAGUCUUACCAGCGGACGAUUUCAAGACGGAAUGCGCCUUUCUUCGGGCUUGACAUAGAUAUAAUCUGCGGGGGUCCGGUGCGAGAUAAACAUGGCCCCCAAUUCCAUCCACUGGUUCCGGAAAGGUCUCCGUCUCCAUGACAACCCAGCCCUGAUGGAGGCAGUCCGGGGAGCGGGCACAGUACGCUGCGUUUACUUUCUGGACCCUUGGUUCGCGGGCUCUUCCAAUGUCGGGGUCAACAGGUGGAGGUUUCUUCUCCAGUGUUUGGAGGACCUCGAUGCCAACCUUCGCAAGCUCAACUCCCGCCUCUUUGUCGUCAGGGGCCAACCCGCCAAUGUGUUCCCGCGCCUCUUUAAGGAGUGGAAGAUCUCCCGCCUCACCUUCGAAUACGACUCGGAGCCGUUUGGGAAGGAGAGGGACGCCGCCAUCAAGAAGCUGGCCAUGGAGGCCGGAGUGGAGGUCGCCGUCAAGAUAUCACACACCCUCUACGACCUGGACAAGAUCAUCGAGUUGAACGGCGGACAGCCGCCACUCACCUACAAGCGUUUCCAGACCCUCAUCAGCCGGCUGGAUCCUCCGGAGAUGCCCGCCGAGACGCUGUCGAACAGCCUGAUGGCUCACUGCGUCACCCCGAUCUCGGACGACCACGGGGACAAGUACGGGGUGCCGUCGCUGGAGGAGCUUGGCUUCGACACGGAGGGCCUGCCGACAGCCGUGUGGCCGGGAGGAGAGACUGAGGCCCUGACCCGGAUAGAACGCCACCUGGAGAGAAAGGCAUGGGUGGCAAACUUCGAGCGUCCCCGGAUGAACGCCAACUCGCUGCUGGCCAGCCCGACGGGCCUCAGCCCCUACCUGCGCUUCGGCUGCCUCUCCUGCCGCCUUUUCUACUUCAAACUCACCGACCUCUACCGCAAGGUGAAGAAGAACAGCUCCCCUCCGCUCUCGCUGUACGGACAGCUGCUGUGGCGGGAGUUCUUCUACACGGCCGCCACCAACAACGCGCGCUUCGACAAGAUGGAGGGGAACCCCAUCUGCGUACGCAUCCCGUGGGACAAGAACCCCGAGGCGCUGGCCAAGUGGGCCGAGGCCAAGACGGGCUUCCCGUGGAUCGACGCCAUCAUGACUCAGCUGAGGCAGGAGGGCUGGAUCCACCACUUGGCUCGCCACGCCGUCGCCUGCUUCCUCACUCGAGGCGACUUGUGGAUCAGCUGGGAGGAAGGGAUGAAGGUCUUUGAGGAGCUGCUUCUGGACGCCGACUGGAGCGUGAAUGCGGGCAGUUGGAUGUGGCUGUCCUGCAGUUCCUUCUUCCAACAGUUCUUCCACUGCUACUGCCCCGUAGGCUUCGGCCGGCGCACAGACCCCAACGGGGACUUCAUCAGACGCUACUUACCUGUCCUCCGAGGUUUCCCCGCCAAGUACAUCUACGACCCGUGGAACGCGCCCGAGUCGGUGCAGGCGGCGGCCAGGUGCGUCAUCGGCGUCCACUACCCCAAGCCCAUCGUGCACCACGCCGAAACCAGCCGCCUCAACAUCGAGAGAAUGAAGCAAAUCUACCAGCAGCUCAGCCGAUACCGAGGACUAGGCCUUUUGGCGUCGGUACCAUCCACCAACGGCAACGGGAACGGAGGAAUGAUGGCCUACUCCCACGGGGACCAACAACCAGCCGCUAACGCCGCCAACAACAACAACAACAACAACAACGGCGCCCCCCACAUGCCCAGUGUACCGGGAGGCUCGGUCGCCGCCGGCAACAGCAGCGGUAGAAUCAUUCAGAACUUUGACAGCGAGGGACAACCAACCGGUCAGCAGCGACUGCAGCACGGUUUCCAUUCAGUGCCAGACAACAACACAACUGUCGCCAGCAGUCACCUGUACCACCAGUUUGCCGUGCCUCAGCUUCCAGCAGGUCUGGCGCACGCAAGAGGCGGCAUCACUGGGAAACGCGCGCGGGAGUCGGAACGCGAGGAAGAGUCGUCGUCCUGCUCCGUCCACAAGAUGCAAAGACAGAGUGCACAGGCCACCUAGCGAACGAAGACACCAGCUCCGUGAGAAGACGACCUCUCCAACUGUUUGUGCACCGCUGGAACUAACGAGGUGAACAUGCGACGGGAGGCUCACGCCUCCGUUGCACGUACAAAAAAACCCCCACAAAAAAACACCUCAAAAGUGUCCUCAGUUGUUGGAGCUGGACUAUUUAUUUAUAAGGAAAAUCAAAACCGAAGAAAAAAAACAAAACAGACCAAAAUGUACAAAAAUCUUUGUCUGACGGAAGAGGCCUCACUCCCGCUUUGCAAUGUGUGUAUAUAUAUAUAUAUAUAUAUAUAUAAAUAUAAAUAUGUGUCAUUUUAACGCAAGUGUAAUUAGUCCCAGCAGCCACCAGGGGGCUCCUUUCAGGACCGUCAUCCCACCUAGACCGAGGAACGUCACACUUUGUGCGGUUUAUGGUCUUUCCAGAGAAAUGUUUGUUGGGGCUCGCUCGUGUCGGCAGCUCAAAACCUUUUCAUCGGCGGCGUUCAAAAACGUGUUUACAAACGCCGCCGACUCUGCCUUUGAGCAACGAGGCGACGGCGAGUUUCACAAAACGGGCGCAGAUUUCAACAUUUUUGCGACAUUCUUUGACCCCCUCCGCCCCCCACACACACACACAUUUUCAGUUCUGCCGAUGUAGGCGCCCUCUGUGGGCCGUGAUGUGUUCAAGGGCCAUCGUGUUUUUCUACUCUUUUAUAUAAAAUAACCGAAAGGCCAAAAAAAGAAAAGACACAAUAGGAGGACUGGGAUGUGUCUGAAGUAGAGAUGUCCGAUAAUGGCUUUGUGCCGAUAUCCGAUAUUCCGAUAUUGUCCAACUCUUAAUUACCGAUACCGAUAUAUACAGUCGUGUAAUUAACACAUUAUUAUGCUUAAUUUGGACAACCAGGUAUGGUGAAGAUGAGGUCCUUUUUAAAAAAAUUAAUUAAAUAAGAUAAAUAAAUUUAAAAACAUUUUCUUGAAUAAAAAACAAAGUAAAACAAUAUAAAAACAGUUACAUAGAAACUAGUAAUUAAUGAAAAUGAGUAAAAUUAACUGUUAAAGGUUAGUACUAUUAGUGGACCAGCAGCACGCACAAUCAUGAGUGCUUACGGACUGUAUCCCUUGCAGACUGUAUUGAUAUAUAUUGAUAUAUAAUGUAGGAACCAGAAUAUUAAUAACAGAAGGAAACAACCCUUUUGUGUGAAUGAGUGUGAAUGGGGGAGGGAGGUUUUUUGGGUUGGUGCACUAAUUGUAAGUGUAUCUUGUGUUUUUUAUGUUGAUUUAAGAAAAAAUAAAAUAAAAAAAACUAUACUUAUAUCGAUAAUUAAAAAAAAGAUACCGAUAAUUUCCGAUAUUACAUUUUAAAGUAUUUAUCGGCCGAUAUUAUCGGACAUCUCUAGUCUGAAGCAAACAUUCCUCGCAACCAAGUCCUACCGACCGUGUCGAUAAGUUUGCGCGACGAUUGUGUUCCUGAACGCAUCGCAACGACCGCAACGUCCGCCCUCAGCUCGCGCCGUUGCGCCUCGUUAGGAGUGAAUGCUGCCGAAAUCCAACCCAAGAAUGUAGACUUCUCCUCCUGUGCGAUACGCGCCGAAGCUUAUCCUGCGCGCUAACUAUAACGUACGAAAUUACCAUUAUUUUACGCACAGUCGACAAGAAAAACCCACACUUUGUGUUGUUUGUGCGUAGAACACGUUUUUUGGAUCAUGUUCAAAUUUCGUUCGUGUAACGAAACUUGAGACAAAUACGUAUCUUGCAUCUAUUUUACGACAUUUUGUUCAAACGUCGUUUAAAAUAUCGGAACAAGAAUGUUUUCGCGAACGCCUUUUAGGCUUCGAUGUGAACAAUUGGACAGUCGUCUACAAUCGUCAUUUUUGUUUUAAAUGUGAGAAUCUUUGCCGACACAUUUAAGUCAGGAGAUGUUGGAGAGGGGGCGGGGUCAAAGGCAUCGUAAUGUACGAUAAUUAUGUAUUUGAACAUUGUUUUGUUGCGUUUAUUCCAUUGGAGGAGAAAAAAACAAAAGACCUGGCAGCCCGGUAUCGCACGACAACGUAGAAAUACAUCUUCCCGCCAGAACGUAAAAAAGACAUCGGAACACGUCGCAACAUUCGACCGUGUCUGUAAGAUGGCGCUAGUUUUCUGUCCUGCCUGGUGAUGUGAAAGGCCUUGUUUGUGAUUGACAGCAAAUAAACUUUUUUGUUUCAAA